AUGCCGAUGGCUUCUAACAACCAAAUAACACUUCAUUGCAAGAACUCUGUGGGCACUGUGGACCAAGCAAUUCGCGAAAGGAAAAUAUUUACCGCAGUAGCUAAAAUGCCGGCCGAGAUUCAGAUGACGUUAAUCAAGAAUGGUUGGAUCGGCAAAAUUAAGGACGACAACAAUUUUCGAAACAGUGAUGGUCCCACCGUAAUAUUAUCGCUACACAAUAACGUCGAGCGCGUCAAGACGAUCGUCAAGCGUUACGAAUCCGGCCUAGUGUGGACAGACGCGCUCAGCAGCGGCGUCAACUGGAUGACGUUACACCCGGACGUCGUGAUUAACCGAUUCCCGAGGGACGCAAACGCCGCGUUAAAGCUAUGCGGUCACACUCUGGCCGGAAAAUCUGAAUUCGAUUUCCACUAUCCUAGGGCAUACCGGGCAUGCGCCGACGAGUUGCACGCGGACCGUAGCUUUGUAUCGGAUUAUUCAUUAACCGCUUGCGUGUCAUUACUACGUGCAUUCGUGGACGGCGAUCAUCAAGCCAUGUGCGCCAAAAGUGGUCAAGCUCCUCUUUCGGCACUCCAUUUUGCCGCGACUAAAUGUCACAAAUACUUAAUGGGCGAUGGAUCGCUAGGGGCGUCAGAAUUUUCGGGCAAGGGAGCUGACUGGGAAACGUUUUUCGAACAUUACUACAUGAUCGUGCACGACAAAAAAAAGUUCACUGUGCCGGGGACGGGUGACGACGUUGACGCGGCGCUGCGUUACCUGGCAGCGUCUAGUAGACUGAUCGUGAAUCAGAUGACAGCGGCGAGGCCGCAGACGGCGAUGGACGGCUACAAGAACAUUUGGAUAGUCAAGGACACGGCGGGCCAUCGUCGCCGGCCCGUGAUGUUGAACAAGAUCGGUGACGUGCUGAACCGGUGCGCGCGACCAGGUGACGCCGCAAACCGCAUCGUGCAGAAGUACAUCGAGACGCCUCUUCUGCGUAACAACGUCAAGUCGGACGUAUACACGUGGAUCGUGCUAUCGACGCUUGGCGGCCGGCAGACAACUUGGCUGCACCGGACGUGCGUUAUACAACCAUACGCACACAGGUUUUCGUUGUACCAGGAUUCCUCCAGGUCCGGGCACUUUGACCGGUUCAAGACGGGAGGGCUGCAUGGUAUGCUGCGGUCGACGGCGCUGAUUUUCGGCCUCAAGCAGCUCGGAGCGAAGAUGCGGCGUGGCGCUAAGGCGAACAAGCUGCUGCAACAGCAACGGCGGGUGAACGAAGACGACCGUACUGACGGCGACAACGUCUACACGGCGGUCAAGCGGUCCACGGUGUCGGCGGUGACCGCGGCCGUGGCGUCCGGUUCCAUUAAUCUGCGGCCCAAUUGCUUGGAGCUGUUUCGUGGAACGUUCGUGUUGGGCGACGAUUUGCGGCCGUGGCUAAUCGACAUAGUGGCUGACGACCCAUGUCUGGCCGCUGACUGCGAGGAACGUGACCGGCUGGCGGCGCCCGCGGCCACUCGCGUGAUACGGAGUGUAGUGCAAGGCGUGGCCAAGAUGCUUGUCGAUAGCGGCCGCCGAGGCCGAGCCACCAGGUUUGGCAUGUUUGACAUGGUGCACGAGUGCCCAUUGCCGGUCGGCGCCGGAUCAUACGUUCCGCGACUGUUCGUCGCGCCCAAGUCUACUCACCGGUCGCGCUUGUCCGCACGUACAGCGUCGCGCACCGACCACCCGAACGCCUAUCUCCAACAGUAUUGGUGGAAUGACGAUAACAUCCACACGUACGUUGAGAUGAUUAGCGCCGAAGACGUGCAGGAUAAACCGCUGCAACAAGCGCCCCGUUGGUCGGUCGGCCUGCUGACGACGAUGGCGGACAAUGCGGAUCUGUUAGCCGGAUCUGCUAAAAACCGCGAUCUUUGCAAUCCCAACGAAAAUCGUAGGUAUUUAAAGUUUUUAGAUAAAUACAAGACGAAAAUCACGUCCGCGUUAAGAGUAUACAAAACAAUCAUACGCCGAAACUGCAAUAAUAAGAAACGUUAUACGUAA